AUGGCCAACGUAAACGUAAACGUCGGUGAUCAUUUCGAAAAGCUCAGCAUUUACACCGUCGACUUACACGGAACAAAAAUAACCGUAACCGUUACCGCCUUCCCUUCCGUAGUCAAAAAGUGGCUCACUACCACGCUCCUCUUCCGCCGCCACUACGUCAGAAAGAAUCAACUCGUCGUCGGCCUCGGCGUCCAGUGGUUACCCCGCCGUAGAAAUAUCACCGCCGCUACAUUGCAAAUAUGCGUCGGUCAGCGCUGUCUUAUCUUUCAACUCGCGCAAGCCGAAUCCGUGCCGGAACGCCUCCGACGGUUCCUUAACGAUCCUAACCACACGUUUGUAGGAUUCUGUAACCAAUCCGAUAAUCGGAAACUGAAAUCGUCUAAGCAUGAAUUGGAGAUGUUCGGUGAUCCUCUUGAUCUAAGGCUGUACGCGGCAAAAUUAUGCAAUGAAGAUCUUGCCGGUGCUUCAAUGGAAGAGAUUGUGAAGAAAUGCGUUGGUUAUGAGUUGGAUCAGAGCAGAGAUAUCGGUAAAAGUGAUUGGAGUGAAGAGAAUUUGAGCGAAGAUCAAGUUGGUUAUGGUUGUGUUGAUGCUUACUGUGCUUUUCUGAUGGGUAAGAAUAUGAAAGCUUGGGAGUUCAAAAAAUGA